AUGAUCUCUCGGAUCGUCGUGAAGCUCGACAACUAUUCCAAUACGUCCAAUUCAUUAUCGCCACUCCAUGCGGCACAUCGCGAAGACAAUAUCCCUUCCCACUCAGAAAUCAGGGCCAACGAUAACAGGUUGUUGAACGAAGCCCUGAUGAAUGCGAUAUACGCCUACUCUGCUCGCUGGCUGCCAUUGCGGAGCGCGAUUCAAGAUUCAGCAGGAAGCGAUGCGACUGAUGCCAAACGAGUGGAGCAAGAUGUGAGAGAUCACUUGUGGAGGAGAGCUCGUACGUCGAUGUUCUCGGCCAUGUCGCGCCCAAGCUAUCGGGCCGUCCUGGCGCUUCUCCUCGUGUCACUCACCGAGAUGCCCCUCGACAAUGAUGAUCAAGGAUUCAAUGAUCUCUGCUCUCGGAUGGUCUUAUCGCACCUCAACUUCCUUCAAUCGGUUCAUGAAUCCCCGGGCCUGCGCCCUCUUGCUCGACAUACGAUGGUUCUUCCAUUGUCAGCACUAGGAAUUACCUAUCCAGUCUCUUCGCAGAUCACAGAUCUCGAUGCCGAGAAACGCCAACACAUGCAAGAUACAAUAUUCUGGCUGGGUGUUAUGAACGACACCCGUAUGUCACUGAUGUGGCAGUCUCCAUCCCUCUUGCUCCCCUGCGAGUUCGGAGACAGAAAGGUAUGGAACUUCAUUCGACAACGCACCGUGAUCUUUGAUAACUCCUUCCGAACCCUGCACGGAUCUCAAAUCCCCCUUGACCCCCGAGUCGUUACCAUCCUGCUGCAACAUGCUUCGGCUUGCAAAACCAUGUAUCUGAGCGUCAUCAAUCGGUUCUGUGACGCUUUAUUUCAUCAUAAUGUUUCCGACACCGUGGAGGAGGCCGCUCAGAGGAUUAUAGACGAGUCUGCUCGUUUUCACGACGUGUUUGACGAUCUGUUAUCCAUAUGUGCGCGGGAUUAUUUGACCAUGCCUAAAAGAAGUCAGUUGAACUACGUGCUACUGAUGGCACAUUACCAUCUCGGGUCCUUAAUUCUAGCCGAUAUCCUCGAUAAAAUCGAAGCGGUACCCGAAUCCUUAAGGAAUCCGUUCUUGUCACGUCAUUACGCUUGCCAGGGCGUGGUGAAUGCUCUCAGCCUCAUCUUGCAAUUGGACCGACACAGCGAUCCGGAUUCCGUCUAUAGCAGCCUUUUUCUGCUCGAUCCGGUCCCUGAACUAAUGGUGGAGGUGCUGUCCCGCACGGGAUCGGCAAUAUUCCUGCUCCAUGACAAGGGUCUAGUCGCACCGUCUCCAGCACAGACGAUGCUCUCAGUUGUCAUGACGGUCCUAAGUAUCCUCUCACAAAUCUCAGUCACAGCUUCCCUAGUCCUUUUGUCGAUGACCCAGAGGAAUGUCGAGCAUAAACUCAAGAUCCGAGAUGAUUAUCUAUAUACGCCGAUAUCAUCGAAUGCGGAAAUGUCUUGGGCCCUGUCAACUUGCGAUCGCCACUUCGUUGAUGAAUUCCUGCAAGAGAUGAAGAUCCAGGCAAGCGUCGACGGUUCAAUAUUGGAAAGAACCAUCCGAAAAUAUGAAGAUACCGCUGAAAUCCGAGACACUUUGCGGCAGCAUCAACCCUCGAGAUGUACAUGA